AAUAGUUAACGCGUUACAAGGAAUAUUUGUCGACACGCAAAAUACACUUCAAUAUCUUCUAUAUCGCACUCGUGUCAGGGUUAAAUCCGUAACGUUAUUUAACGCGAUUUAUAUUACUAAUUACGCAGUUAUUUCUCUAUAACCGGUGUGCAUUUCAUUAUGAUCGAACAAGCGCGAUAACGUACGUUGGCUCAUUGCAAUUACGUAAUCGUUUAAUAAAUCGUAAUGUUGCACAAAUUGAUUUAUAGAUAAAAAAGGGGCCUGUAUCACGAACAGUAGCCUUUUAAACAGAAAAAAAAGUUACAACAGUCCGCGAACUAGCGUAAAUCCUGAUAAUUUUGAAAGUAUUUGCCAAUUUAAACGAGUGGAACGAACACGAAACGUAUCAAUCUAUGCGAAUCGAUCGACGUUUCUUUUUCAUAUAAGUCACAGUUUCCGGUGCCAUUUAUCGCCAAGAAUGAAAAGCAUAAUUAUUCGUUGCUCGGAAGUUACGAGUCCAAGUCGUUCGUCUCCGAUUGUAAAAGUAUUAUUUCUGGAACCUUAAGAUAAAGCGGAGAACUUGUUAGAGUCAUCACUGUUUUAAGGAGUAUACGUCAUUUCCCUGACAGAAUCAUACUAAAGUUUAGCGCUAUAGUUUUAGAAAUGACGCGUGAAACAAGCCGAUAAAUGAUAUGACUGUUGUUUUAACAUCGUUCUUCCCUUACACAAUAAUAUCCCAACUUUAACGAGUAAUAUCUAUUAAUAAACUGAUAAAUUGCGCGUUGUUUUCUAGCGAUGACUCGAAUCGGAUGACUUGUAAGAAUGAAUAAAAUUUACUUCUAAAAUUUCCUUUACUUUAUUGUUAAAUUUGUUACUGUUAUCCAAGAGAAUUUAUCAAUACCAAUCACUGUCCUUUUGAACUAAUCUAACAUGUGAUUUAUCGUCAUAAUUUAAAUUCUGAACUAGAAAACACUCUGUUUUACAUAACUCUGUUUCACACGAUCAUGCUUUUCUCAGGAUUUCUUCUUAAUUUCGAUUAAUUGAUUGUGACGAGAUGAAAAAAUUCUAGCUUUGUAAACUGUUAGUCUAAACUGUAGGUAGUAGCCACUUAGUAAUCGUACACGAAUAGCGCAUGUGCGUCGUAAGGUUUCUCCUCGGGUUAUAUCUUAUCUGUUAUUUCUAAGUACUGACUUCGCAUUUCAAUUAAUUAUCUGGACUUUAAGUAAGCGGUUUCCUACAUGCACGAAUCGCAAUCAUGUUACACAUACGUCUGCAAAUGAAUGCCUCCUGAAUUGCUGCUGAAAUUUUUACACACACACGCGUACACGUCUUUUAUUUACAAAUAUCUUUUAUCGCGUUAAUAUUGAGUUUAUUGUUUUAUUCCCGCCGUAAACACUUUUUCCACUUAUUUGAUAAACUCGUCUGACACUUAGCGAUAGUAACCAAUAACCCAAUUCGUGUAAUAUUUCAGCGUAAUAAUUCGCGUCCUCAUUCAUCGCCAUUGACUCGACGAUGAAAACUUGGAAUUUAGUGGAACACUUGUUGCUAAGUUUAGAAGAGCAUUCGCUUCCACGAAAAUUGUCUUCGUUACACAUCCGCCCUCCUUCUCUGUAUGUUUCAUUCAAGUCAAUCUUGUUGCACGUUUUUUGGUUCAAUUAAGCUUGUCCAAUGUUAAGAGACGCCUGAAGCUUCGACGAAAUAUGGAAAAGUGUCGUACGAAACCGUUACAAGUCUUUACGUUUGCCGAUACGUUGCAAAAGCGAAAACUAUCGUUAUCGAAAUGCGGCGGCAAAUGUGUGCGCCGUCAAUGCGAUGAUGUCAUGUUUCAGUUCCCUGCUCAUCAAUUGCAUAUCUACUACAUAGUUUAAGUGAAUGGGGCUAGAGCGGUUCGCUAUCAUCUUUAUUACGAUCGUUAAUGUUAUGUAUGUAUAUUAAAAGUGGCGCAUUAAUGCUUGUAGAUCGUUCCCCCAAUGAAUAAUGCAGAUGCCUGACCUAUAUUUCCUAACAGCUAGUUACCCUCCUUCAAAGUUAUUUUAGGAAUCGUCGUUAUUUCGUUUCAAAAACAUCAUACCGAUACUAAAGAAUAGAAAUUAGAUAAAAAAAAAACACAAGUUAUUUCUAAGCAAAUCGAACGAUUAUGUCGCUAAUAGUUUAAUAACUUGUAUAGUCGUUGCAUAAGAUAUCGAUGUUAGGAAUUCUCAGUCGAACGUUUAUCGCGGUCGACGACGUUUUCAAACGAGUGAAAGUGAAAUUCUUCCUUCGGUAUACAGUUCCAAUCAGCGUUCCAAUCCUUCGCACUUUCGCGCCCGUUCACCCUUUCGUACAUUCCAGCCUCUUGUAUAUUAUAAACAUUCGUAUCUAAAUUUCAUGCCAGCAAGGUUCGCGCGCUAUUUUUACUUCUUCGCAACGCUAAACGUUUUGUCGUGACUGAUUUAUAUCUAGUAGGUUAAAUUCGUAGAUUGUUCAUAGUUGACGAGUACAAGGGAAGGAAUAUGACUAGUCGCAUGAACAGAGAGUAUCAAAUGGAAUAAAAUACGACGUCGAGUGUAACUCGAAUCAAGGCCGUGCCUUGCUUUAAAUAUAACUUUCUUUAGGUGAACGAUUUUCAUUUGCGACAAACAACAGGCUAGAAAGAAAUCUAACGUAGGAUGAUCGAAGUCGGUUGGUUUCUAGGAUAUAAGAAAGUUUGAUCGAUGCUCGGUAUUUCUAAUGACUCUAACCGAGUAUCGUACCGGACAGUCGUAAAGAAAGACGAGAUGCGAAGGAAAGCGGUUAAGUAUCCGCACGGGUGGACGCUAGUCGACGAAAAUAUCGAGAAUGUAGAACGCGUGAAGCUCGAUCCCAAGACGCAACGAGAACUGGGUUGUUUGGUCGGCGAACACGUGUUCCUGGAAUAUCCGUGGGCGUAUGUGCACCGAGACGUUGUCGCAAAGUUCGCUAAAUCACCUGAUUCCUCACUGGCGGUUUUUCGAGAAGAUAUCGAAAUUUACGAGGCUGAUACGUUCCUCGUAGGCUAUUCGUCUACUAAGUUAAAGUCCGACGACUUUGUGAUUUGUCUCACCGAAGAAGCGAGGGAUCUUGUACGACAGCGAAAUAGAAAUAUUACUCGUAUUAUCUGGAAGAAAAUUAUCGGCAAUGUAAUAAAGACCGUUAAACCGUGGAACUCUUUAGGUAGUGACUUGGAAGUAGAGGAGACGUUCGUCAGGAAUACGAGAGAAUAUUUUGAGAUAGAAAUCAUAUUACCUGGAAGAUUUCUGAAUUCUUGUCGAACGUUAUGCGACAGAAGCGCGAAUGAUUUUAAAGACAGUUACGUCCAGCUGAUCAACGAAGACGAGAAAUUCGAAAACGUGGAUAGAAAAUGCAUUUGCAGGGCUGUUCAGACGUGUAUGCAACCUCGUGAAACAUUCGUUCAAACGUGCCCCGAGUAUCCUAAAAAUGCAUGGACUCAAUACGCGUGCGAAGACAUUUUGAGCGAGUUUAUGGUUGCGAAUAACGAAGAAGAGGGACAGUUAAAAGGAGGAUCGGAAAAAGAUGACGACGAUCGGCCACACAGAGAGGACGCUAUUCAAUGCAAAGAAAUCGAGAAACCCAGAGAAAAAACAGCUUUAGAACUAUUUUUAGAAGCUCGUUCGCAACAAAUGAUCGAUGCAAUUAAAUAUAACGCAGCUGUUAAUUUGCACGUGGAUGAUAUUGAAAAUUUAUCUAACCAAGAAGAAGAUAUCUCAACAGUCUUCAAUACGCCUGCAUUUCGUGAACAGGUGUCGUUCACUGAUUUCAAUUUUACGGCCAAUAGAAUUGUUUCUGACGUUUCGUUGCAUCCAAAAUUGACGGAAUACUUAGCGAUUUCGUACAUCAGCAAAUCGAAAUUUUCUAGACAAACUCGAAAGAACGAAUAUAGAAGCAAGACCGAAUUUCAAACCAGAGUGCUCCUUUGGAAAUUAAACGAUCCACUUCGUCCACAGCUUGCACUUCAGGACCACAGAGAAAUUUACGCCAUUUCGUUUUGCCCUCACGACGAUAAUCUUUUAAUAGGAGGUCGUUCCACUGGUCAGAUAGUUAUCUGGAACAUCAAAGAGUUUCUAAAUAAUCUCGACGACGGAAAUAUAAAACUUGGAACGUCGACACGAAACAGUUUACCAGUGUUUCGUCCUAUCGUUGUUUCGGACAGACAUCGUUCUCAUCAGCUACCUGUUCGAAACAUUCGAUGGAUACCUGCCAAACAUAAUACAGAGCCAGAUGGAAGCUUGACAAAGUCAUUCGUUUCUUCUGACGUGCAACUUCUAACCGCUUCCGAGGACGGCACGAUAGCAGUUUGGAAUAUUUCUCUUCUUUCGAGACACACUGUUCGCGAUGAUGAAGAUUCUGACGAACCUCUUCGGCCGAGUUUUCGUAUAAAAAUUCAAACUGUCGAUGAAGAGCCGCAGUUUACUUCUUUAUGUUUCUGCUUUCCACCUAUCGUCGCUGAACACGGUGAAAAUUCGCCGGAUACGAAUAAAAAUGACGUAAGAGAGAAGCAUUGCAUAACGAAGUAUCUAUGGAUAGGUUGCGUAGAAGGGUUGAUAACGUGCGCGUGGAAAAAGCAAAUAUUCGAAGAAAAUUCAACAGACAUUAUCGAAUGCGAUAUGUUAAACUGUUCUUACGCACACAAUGGCCCUGUUGUAGAGAUCACGCGGUCGACACAUCUUCAGAACGUGCUCCUCACAGUCGGUGGACGAGUGUUUGCCAUUUGGAACGACGAUCAUAUCGAUUCUCCUUUAUUUUGGAGAGCAACUUCCUCUCGUUAUACGAGUUGUUGUUGGGCUAACGAACCUGGGGUAUUUUUGGUCGGCAGCCAAGACGGUAACCUUGAGAUGUGGGAUAUAAAGAACGAAUCGACCCAGCCGAUAUUUACCCAAAUCGUUUCAUUGGAACCAAUUACUUAUCUAACCUUGUUAGAAUCUCCUGUAUUAUAUAACGAUGGUUUCAAGAAGAUAGGCGUAGGCGAUGGUGGUGGAUUGUUUCGUGUGUUCACAGAAGCCGAGGUUUCUCGUAACGAAAGCACGAUAGAAAGAAUGGAUUGGUUCGAAGAAUAUACUUGGAAAGAGACACGAAGGAAAAAGCUUUUUGCCAGUUGGCAGAACGAUUUUGUCAAUAACGACCCUGCUAUAGUGGCGAAAAAAUUAGCAAGGCACGAGGAGCAAGUUAAAAGAGAGGCGAAAGAGGCGAGAGAAAGACUUAGGAGAGAACAAGAGACAAGGUUGAGGUUGAAAGCGGAGAAAAGGGCGAGAAACGUUCCGAUUCCAAAAGACGUCGCGUGGAAAUCGAAGGAGUUCGACAGAAUGAAAGAAGUUCUUUUGAGUAAAAGGAAUUUAGUUCCCUCGGAACUCGAAGCAAAGAGGAUUCCUUUCGUCGCUUUGCAAGCUGAAAGAGACGCAAAAUUGCGGAAGGUUCAAGAUAAGAUCGUUCAUAGGGAUGUUCAUUUGUUCAAUACAUUAUCCGCAGAAUUUCCUGAACUUCUCGAAACGAAAGCAGAAACCCCGGAAUUCGAGGAAUUUAUUCCGAUAGAACUGGGAAAAUCGCUUAAUUAUUACGUUCAGAAAUUUACUGAAAUACGACGUAAAGCUAACGAAGCUUUCGACCAAUCGCGGGGAGACGCAAUCGCGAGGGGAGACGUCAACGGGAGUCGUAAAUUCCCGUUACGAUUAUAAUAAUCGACACCACGAGUUCAUCGAUCCCCUAAUUUCCGUUAAGAUAAUAGGGAUGAUUCAGUUAGCAUAACACUGUGAUUCACAGGGUUAUAAGGUUUUUAUUUUUUCCACUUAAGUCACACCGUUGCUUAUGAUAUAUAUCGUCGACAAUGAUUUAGAUGUAUAGAGAUGUAUAGAGACACGAUACAAUGGCACACUAUUCGUUCAUGAUAGAGCAAGGCUCGUAGAGUUUUUGUUAUAGUUGACGUAGCAAUAAGAGAAAAGACAGAGCUGAACUAACCCGUUACUGACAUGUCGACUAUUCUAACGUUGUAGAAUAUGUAAAGUUGAAAGCCGCAAAACCGUAGUAGACAAUACUCUUCAGAAAGCGAUUUGGAAAAAAGAUAUUUGUUCGGUCUGAAGGACCUUAGCUAGCAAAUUACAGGGCUAUAUGAUGGGUCCUUAAGACUAUUGAGGGUCUAGGUAGAGGGUCGUAACAAAGCGUUAGGAAACAAUUUCUUAAGCUGUUCGUGUUUUUCUUCUAUUCAUAUGCGAUAACAAGUAAAAGCAGUGGUAAAUUGAUCUUUAAUAGAUAAACUUAUCUACGGUACUUUUAAAGUGUAAACGUGGAAGUUCCGUGUGGAUGAUUAAAAAAAUUCGUAUAAUGUCCUCGAACAUUCCAAAUUUAAUAUUACAUGCCAUAACAUGUUUGACAAAUAAUUUAUGCAAAUAGACGAUUAUACAGCUAAUACGAACCAGCUAAAUGGGAUCCUCCAUAACAAAUAAUACACACGAUUAGAACGUAAUAAGUGGAGUGUCGUGUUCGAAUUAGUUUAGACAUGAAAAUCCCAUAUGUGCACAAUGGGGAUUGACAUAUCGAUUCGAUGUUGAAAAUCAUUAAAUUAAAGGAAUGCGUGUUUCAAUUGG